GUCAUUGCCUCUGCCAAGUACACAUUGGCGCCACUAGGCAGCCACUCUGAGACCCCCUUAGGGGUGGGUCCUAACCGCGGAGGAGAGGAGGAUCCAGAGAUGGGGAUAUUUGGGGGAGAUUAAGGAGGGGGAAUGUGCAACUGUGCUUGUUCAGUGGCCUGUGGUCUCCAGGUGUGCUGCCAGUCCUGCGGUUCACUACACCACCUCCCCCUCACACAGAACAGUUCCCACUUUUCCAUUUAGCUUUCAGCCCCAGAAAAGGGAAAUGCGGGUGCAAAGCGCAGAAUGAGAAGCCCAGAACUGAUAGAGAGGGGUCAUGGGAAAGCCCAUAUUCGUGGGUUUCCACGGCUCGGAGAAGGGACGGGGGCAAAGGCACCAUUGCUAACCAGCAUCAUCAACCAGCUCUCUCAUCUCCUUGGGGUGAACUGAGAAGGGUCUACCCAGAAUCUGGAGCCAGACCCACAGCGGCUCUCACGCUUCGCCUGCUGGACACAACAGACCCAUUAAAGCGCCGCUGGCUGGCCGACCGCGGUGAGACGCAUCCGGCUGUCGGGCCCCACUUCCUCCCGCCCCGAAUCCAGGGUGACCUGUCUGCCAAGGGUGUAGGGGGGAAGGGGACGUGGAGACUCAAACUUGAGCAAAUAAAUAAGUUCUGGGAACGCCUCCCUCUGCCUAGUGGAAAUUCAGAGGUCCUCAACACACCUAUUAUCCUACCCCCAGGGUGGGGGUCCAGGUAGAGAGGUGCAGCAUAUAGUUUGCGAGUAGGAAGCAAGGGGCUGGGGUUCAGGGGAAAGGUCCCCAACCCUACGCAUGGUCACCUGCUGUGGAAAGAGCCCCUAGCCAUCGAGGACAGGGGCUCAUUUCUGGGAGGGAGGGGGUUAAAUCAGUGGCUCCGAUGCUCCACGUAUUAGCUGGCUCCCCUGCCAAAUGCGGUCAGGGCGGCCCUAUAAAUGGGCCGGUAGACACAAGGAUCGAGGACUUGCUGCUGCCAGCGCCCCGCAGCCGCAGCCCCCAGCCCUGGCUCCAGGCGUCCCGGCCAUGGCCCGCGUGCUCUUACUCAGUCUGGUCCUAUUUGCCAUCCUCCUGCCGGCGCUGGCCGCCUGCCCCCAGAACUGUCACUGCCAUGGCGACCUGCAGCAUGUCAUCUGUGACAAGGUGGGGUUGCAGAAGAUCCCCAAGGUGUCAGAGACAACCAAACUGCUCAACCUCCAGCGCAACAACUUCCCAGUGCUGGCUGCCAACUCGUUUAGGACCAUGCCGAAUCUGGUCUCCCUGCACCUGCAACACUGCAACAUCCGGGAGGUGGCGGCUGGUGCCUUCCGAGGCCUGAAGCAGCUCAUCUACCUAUACCUGUCCCACAAUGACAUCCGGGUGCUGCGAGCCGGAGCCUUCGAUGACCUGACCGAACUCACUUACCUCUAUCUAGACCACAACAAAGUGUCGGAGCUGCCCAGGGGGCUGCUCUCCCCUCUGGUCAACCUCUUCAUCUUACAGCUCAACAACAAUAAAAUCCGAGAGCUGCGGGCUGGAGCCUUCCAGGGUGCCAAGGACCUGCGCUGGCUCUACCUGUCGGAAAAUAACCUCAGUUCCCUGCAGCCUGGUGCCCUGGAUGAUGUGGAGAACCUCGCCAAGUUCCACCUGGACAAGAACCAGCUUUCCAGCUACCCCUCUGCUGCCAUGAGCAAACUUCGGGUGGUGGAGGAGCUGAAGCUAUCCCACAACCCCCUGAAGAGCAUUCCAGACAAUGCCUUCCAGUCCUUCGGCAGAUACCUGGAGACACUCUGGCUAGACAAUACCAACCUGGAGAAGUUCUCAGAUGGCGCUUUCCUGGGUGUGACCACACUGAAACACGUCCACCUGGAGAACAAUCGCCUGAACCAACUGCCCUCCACCUUCCCCUUUGACAACCUGGAAACCCUCACUCUCACCAACAACCCAUGGAAAUGCACCUGCCAGCUCCGCGGCCUUCGGCGGUGGUUAGAAGCCAAGACUUCUCGACCAGAUGCUACCUGCUCCUCCCCAGCCAAGUUCAAGGGUCAGCGUAUCCGUGACACAGAUGCCCUCCGCAGCUGCAAAUCCCCCACCAAGAGGUCCAAGAAAGCUGGCCGACACUAAACAGGUGGGGGCCGGGCAGGGAGGCCACCAUUGUCUGCCUUUGGAGAUUCUAGCCAGGGUGCUGCUGUCUCCCAUGAUGUCAUCUCUGGAGGGGUGAUCGGAUCCUCUGCUUACAGGAAAAAGAGGGGAGGACUGGGUCUCCCCCUCCAAGGGCUUGGCCUAGGACUUCCGCCAUUCUCUCCGAUGCCGUCUGGGUGAUUGAAGACCUAACAACCAUCCUUCCCUCACUGCAGGUCCCGUCCCAGCCAGUCCUGGUGACUGCCUUCUGCUGGAGUGACUACUGACUUCCCCUACCAUGCAUACCUUCUCCCACAGCCUCUGCUGGUGCACAGAGCUGCCCACACUUAGACACAUCCUGGCAGGGGGCACUGGACUCUCUGUUACCACCCCAACUCCACCUAAUGGGGUCCAAGGGAGGACACGGAGCCUCCCCUCAGUCACUGUGUCUGGACCCUGCCAUGGCUCCUCUCAAAGAAGCUAUUGCUCUGAGUCCGUCAGAGCCAAAAUGCAGUGGUCACUGGGAAGGCCACACGCCUCUAAUUACCGUCCUCAGUUUCCUCCUUCCCGGCCAUUUGGAAACAAACAUCAGGCCCUUGUCCCACCCAUAUUGCCAGAAAGGAUUUCAAGCCCAUGUCCCCAGUCCCCGCCUGCCAGGACAUGCUAACAGGAUACCAGUGCUUGGCUGCACAUCCUCCAUGCUGCACUUCUGCCCCAGACUUCCAUAAACAUAAAUUUAUCUGUGUCUAACAUUCACUUCCCUCUCACCGUUCCCUACAGAUUACCAGGUGUUAGGUAAUAAGCGCACAGUUUUGCCUCAGCUCUGCUCCAGGAAGCAGAGAAUACCUGGAGGUUGACCUUUCGGCUUUCUGGUCUAGCUUGCCAGUCCCUACUCACUACAGGUCAGGUGUGGUACUCUGGCUCUGACAA